UCUUUUUAGUUGCAAAGACUUUAUUUAAUAUGAAACAUCCUUCGUGUAAUGCUUUAAAAAGCCGUAAUAUGUCUUUACAGUCAAAUGCCUGUAGCCAAACAGCCAAUGUCGUCCGAUUACAAGUAAUCAUAUAAAAAUUUGGUGGGCCCAACAAAUAAUCAGGACCCUUCAUAUGGUAAUUGGUAUCGUAGAAAUAGAACGAACGAAAUGUAUGGUGGAUGCAUGGGAAGAAAAUGCCCAAAACUCCUCUCUUCCUCAUUAAAGAAGAUUGGCGGUACUCUUUCCACUGCAACUCCCUUCUCUUUAUCAAGAUCAAGAUAUUCAUCAUCAUCAUCAUCAUCUCCACAGCUCCAUUCCACAAUCAUCCAUGCCUUUGCCACUUCUAAACGCUACGGCAAGGCCAUCUCUUUCACCAAGCACCUCAUCCAAUCUCUUCAAAAACCCUCCUCUAUUUUUAAUGCUCUCGCUCUCUCCAAAUCCUCUCCUGCUGUCCUUGACGUCUUCAUCAUCGCCUUCUCCCAAUUGGAUCUCGUUGAUGAAGCCUCUUGGCUAUAUCACAAGCUCAAGGCUUUACCCGUCGCCAACGCCUGCAAUUCCCUCCUCCACGCAUCCCUCAAGAUGGCCAGACUCGAUACCGUCUGGAAGCUGUAUGAGGAUAUGCUCUUCCGCGGCCUCGUCCCCACUGUCGUCACCUAUAACAUUCUUAUCAAUGCUUGCUGUUACCAAGGCCACCAAACCAAAGCUCUUUCCUUGUUCGGCCAGAUGGUCAGCAAGGGGAUUGAUCCAACGGUUGUUACUUAUACCACCAUUAUCUCUGGCCUGUGCAAGGAGGGUAACCUUUCACAAGCAGUCCGCAUGUUUAGAACGAUGGGCCAAUCGGGUGUGCUUCCCAACGUCUACACUUACAAUGCUCUCAUGGAUGGUCACUGUAAAGCGGUUAGUGCUAACCAAGCACUUGGACUGUAUGAAGAAAUGCUCAGAAAUGGUUUGCAGCCAAAUGUCGUUACCUUUAGUACAUUGAUUGACGGUUUCUGCAAGGAAGGGGAAUUGAGCAGAGCGAGAAAGCUUUUUGUUGGUAUGUUAAAGCAAGGUUUUCUUCCAAAUGUCUUCGUUUAUAACUGUCUGCUUGAUGGUCACUGUAAGGCGGGCAAUAUGCGGGAAGCUGUUGGUCUCUAUUCUGAGAUGACCAAGGUGAAUAUCUCGCCUGAUGUCUUCACAUACAGCAUACUGAUAAAGGGUCUCUGCAAUGAGGGUAGAGUGGUGGAAGGGACCGAUUUAUUCCGAAAAAUGCAGCAAGAUGGAAUUCAAGCUAAUUCAGUCACUUAUAAUACACUGAUCGAUGGGUACUGUAAACAAGAAAAUAUAGAGGCAGCUUUGGAAGUGUGCUCAUGGAUGGUCAAUAAGGGUAUAGAACCUAACGUCAUCACCUUUUCUUCGUUAAUAGAUGGGUACUGCAAGGAGGGGAUGAUGGAGUUUGCCAUGGGAUUAUAUUCAGAAAUGGUGGUAAAAGGUCUCAAACCCGACAUUGUUGCCUAUACAGCACUGAUUGAUGGGCACUCAAAAGAUGGCAACCUGAAAGAGGCAUUUAGGUUGCACAAGGAAAUGGAGGAUAUGGGCCUUACUCCAAACAAUUUUGCACUCAGUUGCCUGGUUGAUGGAUUGUGCAAGGAUGGGCGAAUUAAUGAUGCGGUCAAACUCUUCAUGGAGAAAACAGGGGCUGGUUUUGGUGGAACUAUACACAGAAAAGAAUUUGCAACUGAUGCUCUGGCUGAAAGUAGCUGCUGUUCACCAAAUCGAGUAACAUAUACAGCUCUAAUUCAUGGUCUCUGUAGAGAUGGAUGGAUUAUUAAAGCCAGUAAGUUUUUCUGGGACAUGAUAGAUUCGGGUUUGAUACCAGAUGUUCUUACUUACACUGUCCUUAUGUGGGGGCAAUGCCAGUCAGGGCACCUGCUGAAUGCUAUGAUGCUGCAUGCGGACAUGCUGAAAAUGGGUAUAAUGCCCAAUGCUGUUACAUAUCAUGUAUUGGCUAGUGGUUAUCGGGAGAAUGGUGACAUCCAAUCAGCUCUCAGGUGUCCCUUGGACUAUCAUGAUCUUGAAUCACAUUUUGGGUGCUCAUAACAUGAGCUCGUGGUUAAUAUCCUACAAUUUACAAUUCAGGUUCUAUAAUCUGAUUCAUUUAUCAUGGAAAUCGAACUAGGAUUCAGUUUAAUCUUUGUUUGAUAGGCAUCCCACAAGAUUUGUACAAUUUACUUCACUAAAAGAAGGGAUCGUGACGGGGUUUUAGUUUUUAUUUUUAUUUUUUACAUGGUCUCGAACAGUUAAUGGUAUGAUUUAUCAUAUGAAUUUGAGGGUGAGGGAAUGUAACAGCAGGCAAUAUACUGAGAUCGUUCUUUCCAAUGUCUGAUCAGUCUAUGUGUGCAUUAGUACUACAUGGGUGUCAUGGAACGUUUUAUAUUGACUAGAACUUUCAUGUGAAACGUUAUUGAUUGCUACUUAGGUUUUCAA